GGGAGGUGGGACCCCCAAAGAGAUGUUGGGGGGGGGGCUGGUGACUGGGGAGUGUUGGGAAAUGGGGAGGAAAAUACAGAGAAGGGUGGAAAAGAGGAAUUGGGACUGCGGGAAGAAGGGUCCCAUGGUGGCUGUGGGGCACUGGGGAUGCGGAGUCGGGGUUGCCCUGGAGCUCUUGGCUACUGUGGGCUGCUGGGGGGCUGCUGGGGGGCACCCCCGGACCUAUGUCCUGCACACACAGCGCUGUUCCAGGAGAUGGUGAAGUCCGAGCGUCACUUCAUUCACGGCACCGACCGGCUGAGGUUCGUGGAGAGGAACAUCUCCAACCGGGAGCAGUUCCUGCACUUGGGCAGCGAUGUGGGGCUGCACGUGGACACCUCCUUUGGGGACAAGGCUGCCAGGCACUGGAACAGCGACCCGCAAUGGAUGGAGUACAGACGGGCUGCGGUGGACAGGCACUGCCGGCACAACUACGAGUUGUCCAGCCUGUUCCUCGUGGAGCGCAGAGGUGAGCGUGGGGCAAAGCGUGUCCCCUCGGGCCCUGCUCUGGGAAAGACUCUGGAGCCCCUCAAAACCUCCCUGGGAAUCACCCGAGACACAUCAGCCCUUCUUGUGCCCAUCCCCGGGGCCUCCUGCUCCUCACUCCAAGUGACUCCGGUGGCUCUCCAAGUUCAUCCCAAU